UCUUUUCGAUUUUAUAUAUAAAGGCGCUCUCCGCGCGUGAACGCGGUUUAUAUCAUCACCACAGUUGAUACGCGACGGACGUGUCGAUCGUGAUCGUAUAAUUUUAGAGUUGAGUUAGUUAGUGAGCGAGUUCGAGCAGUCGUCGUAAUGGCACGUACAAAGCAGACAGCCCGUAAGUCCACCGGCGGUAAGGCGCCGCGAAAGCAGCUCGCCACCAAGGCGGCCCGCAAGAGCGCUCCCGCCACCGGCGGCGUGAAGAAGCCUCACCGUUACAGGCCCGGCACCGUCGCGCUGAGAGAGAUCCGUCGCUACCAGAAGAGUACCGAGCUGUUGAUCCGCAAGUUGCCGUUCCAACGUCUGGUGAGGGAGAUUGCGCAGGACUUCAAGACCGACCUCAGGUUCCAGAGCUCCGCCGUGAUGGCGCUUCAGGAGGCGAGCGAGGCGUAUCUGGUGGGUCUCUUCGAGGACACCAACCUGUGCGCCAUUCACGCCAAGCGAGUGACGAUCAUGCCCAAGGACAUCCAACUGGCGAGACGCAUUCGCGGCGAGCGUGCUUAAUUUUGCGUAAUAUGUAUACAUAACAUAACAUAUUAUUAUUAUUAUUAUUACUACAACAAAAGGCCCUUUUCAGGGCCGCA